AAUUUAAUUAUAAAUUGAUCAACAUUAAAUGUUACGAUCUGAUAAACUUUUAACUAUUAAUUGUGAGUAUUUAAUAUAAUUAAACUUAAAUUGUGAUCAUAUUGUUGUAGUUAAAUUGUAAAAGGAUUUCCAAUUGGAAAGUCCUUUUACAUAAAAGGACCAACAUCUAAAUCAAAAUGAUUAAAUGGUUUGGAUUGGUUUCAAUUAUCUCUUGUUUAACAAUUAAUCUAAUCACUGGACAAUUCCCGUUUAGUAAUCAAAAUGAUUAUCCAACAAACGUUGAGAUUCAACAACAAUCAACAAUCAAAAGUGGACAUGAUCAACAAAUCGACCUGAAAACAAUAAAAAAUGACAACGAAAAGACAAAACAAGUAAAUGAUAUCACGCAGACAACGAUCGGCCCAUUACCAUUAAAUCAACAACAAUUAAUUAAUCCAGUGAUUCGAUCAUCAACUUCAAAUAGUGAUUCAAAUAAGAAGGAAACUUCAAUUGAACAACAAUCAACAGCAAUUAAAUCAAAAGAUGACGGUGAAUUUAAAACAUUGGAUGAGAUUCUGAGUUUAGCUGGACUUGCGGAUGUUGAAUCAAUGGUACCAUCGAGUGAACCAAGAUCUUUCAUGAUUAAGACUCGAUUUAAGACCAAGGAGACAAGUGAGAAGGAUGAAGAUGAUGAAAAAGAGGAAAAAGAGGAAAAGGAGGUAAAGAAAACAAAGAAAAAAUCGACCAAGAAGAAAUCGAAGAAAAAAUCAUCGAAAAAGUCUUCCAAAAAAUCAAAGAAAAAAUCAAAGAAGAAAAAAUCGAAAAAGAAGAAGAAAAAGAAGAAAAAAUCAUGUGGUUGUUGCUGUUGCUGUUGUAAAUGAUCAACAAUUAGUGUUAAUUGUUCAUUAAGACAAAAAGGGAAAUAUGUAAAUCAUAUAAUCAUGUGAUUCUAAUGACAAUAAAGUGUUUAUUUAAUCAUGAA